CUAACCUGGAAAAGUCCAAAUGGUGUGAACUCAGGGUACCUUUCCUCUUCCCCCACCCCUAAAGCUAAGCACUUUAUAUUUUCUUCUUAGAUCUUCACUAGGGGUUUUAAAAUAAAACUUUAUUGAAAGAGGAGUCAGUAUGUGCUUUGUUGGGAUGAAAAGGUAGCAGGGGUGACCGGGAAGUGCUAAAGACGUAAUUUGAGAGUGAGGUACUUGGGUUCUCCUCCCGCUGACGUCUCUGGGCCCCUUUGCUCUCCUCCAACUGAGGUUCUGGCUAGGAAGCUGUCUUUGCUCUGUGGGUUCCGGGCCCCAGGAGAGGAUCAAGGUUAGCCACCAAGAAGAACACAGCCCACAGUGGCUCUUGCCACCAGCUUCACUUGGAAAAAUCUGGGUUCCACUGAUCUUGGCUAGAGGUCUCUGAUUUGGGGGACUCCGGGCAGGAGGUCUAAAUGAACAGGAGAACUUGAGGUUGCUGUCAAACUAUGGGCUAAAGACCCUGGGGCCUAGGAAGGGAGGGGGAACCAAAGGAGGUGCUGAAAGGAAUCAGAGGGCUGCUGAGCCCCCUCAGCGGAGGGAGACCAGGCCCCGGUGCCUCUUCUUCCAGCACAUGGGACACUGUCACCCCAACAGGGACCCCCAACCUGGUUUCCUUGCCCUACCUAAGCCCCACAAAAGACCAUCUGGCCUAGACUGCCAUGUCACCAACACUAUUGGCUGAGAUCUGAGAGCUCCAAAUCAUUUGACACUCCUCUCUCUUACGCCUGUGUUUCUUUUGCCACCGAACUGAAAGUUCUCCCUUCACAGGCCACUUGUCAUCCUACCUCUCCACUCACGUCCAGCAGACCAGUUCAGACCUAAGCCACCACUUGGCUGAUGCCACAGCCUGCAGCUUCCCCCUUCUGCAGGGGACACCAGCUUAGAGGAGGGGGAGCCUCCCAGAUCAGGCUCUUCCCUCUCACACUGCUCUUAGAAGCCUCCCAUGGCUCAACUACAUGAUCAAAGCCCAGUACACCUAGAUCCUCAAGGAUCUUCUUGCUGUUGCAUUUGACAAACUUCAGUGCUGCCUUUGAGCCUUGCUGCCUCCCUGGACUUUCCUCCUCUUCAGUCUUGCCCAUCAUCCUCCUGAGAAGCCAAGAGCCCAAACAGGCAUCUGCAUUAGCAGGGAAGAAUGCAGGCACUGAGCGUACAGGUACAUGAAUUCUGUGGUGCCCUCAAUUUGCUAAAAUCCCUGCUGGCCCUUCUUUGCACUUGCUUCACCUUGACUUCCAUUUUCUUGCUUUCCCUUUCUUUUUAAUUUUAAUUCCAGUAUAAAGAACACACAAUGUUAAAUUAGUUUUCACGUAUACAAUUUUUUGUCCAUUUAUCAGUGGAUACCUGGGCUGCUUUCAUAGUUUGGCUAUUGUAGAUAAUGCUAUAAACAUAAGGGUGCACAUAUCCUUUUGAAUUAGUGCUUACCUAUUCUUUGGGUAAAUACCCUAUAGUGGAAUUACUGGAUCAUAUGUAGUUCUAUUUUUAUUACUUUUAAAGAUUUUAUUUGAGAGAGAGAAAGUGAGCUCAAGCAGGGGGAAGCGGUAGAGGGAGAAGCAGACUCCCUACUGAGCAGGGAGCCUGAUGUGGGGCUCUAUCCCAAGACCCUGGAAUCAUGGCCUGAGCCAAAGGCAGCCGCUUAACUCACUGAACCAUCCAGGUGCCCAGUAGUUCUAUUUUUAAUUUAUUAAGGAACCUCCAUAGUGUUGUCUGCAAUGGCUGCACUGGUUUGCAUUCCCACGCACAGUGCACAGGCUUCAUUUUUCUCCACAUCCUCUCUAACACCUGUUGGUUUCUUGUGUUUUUUAUUUUUAGCCAGUCUGAGAGGUGUGAGGUGGUAACUCAUUGUGGUUUUGAUUUGUAUUUCCCUGGUGAUGUGAUGUUGAGCAUUUCUUCAUAUAUCUGUUGCCCAUCUGGAUGUCUUAUUCGCAGAAGACAUGUCUUCUGCCCAUUUUUUAAUUGAACAAUUUUGGGGUUUUUUUGGUGUUGAGUUGCAUACAUUCUUUAUAUAUUUUAGAUACUAACACUUUAUGAGAUAUGUCAUUCGCAGAUAUUUUCUCCCAUUCAGUAGGUUGCCUUUUAGUUUUGUUGAUGGUUUCCUUGCUGUGCAGAAGCUUUUUAUUUUGAUGUAGUCCCAGUAGCUUAUUUUUGCUUUUGUUUCCCUUGCCUCAGAAGACAUAGCUAGAAAAAUGGUACAGCUGAUGUCAGAGAAAUUAUUGCCUGUGCUCUCUUCUAAGAUUUUUAUGGUUUUAAGCCUCACAUUUUGGUCCUUGAUCUGUGUUCAGUUUAUUUUUUUAUAUGGUAUAAGAAAGUGGUCCAGAUGCGUUCUUUUGCAUGUUGCUGUCUAGUUUUCCCACCAUCAUUUGUGGAAGAGGCCGUGUUUUUCCCAUUGCAUAUUCUUGCCUCCUUUGUUGAAGAUUCAUUGACCAUAUAAUUAUGGGUUUAUUGCUGGGCUCUCUUUUCUGUUCCAUUGGUCAAUAUGUCUAUUUUUAAAAAUAUUUACUUAUUUUAGAGAGUGAGCAAGCAUAAGUGGGAGGGCAGAGGGAGGGAGAGAGACUCUGAAGCAGACCCUCCACUGAUCACAGAGCCAGACAUGGGACUCAGUCACAGGACCCUGAGAUCAUGACCUGAGCCAGAAUCCAGAGUCAGACACUCAACCAACUGCACCACACAGGCACCCUGUUACUUGUCUGUUUUUAUGCCAGUACCAUACAGUUUUGAUAUUUACAGCUUUGUAAUAUAACUUGAAGUCUGGAAUUUUUUUUUUAUUUUUAGAUUUUAUUUAUUUAUUUGACAGAGAUCACAAGUAGGCAGAGAGGCAGGCAGAAAGAGAGGGGGGUGGGAAGCAGGCUCCCUGUUGAGCAGAGAGCCCGAUGCGGGGCUUGAUCCCAGAACCCUGGGAUCAUGACCUGAACAGAAGGCAGAGGCUUUUCCCGAAGUCUGGAAUUAUGAUGUCUCCAGCUUUGCUUUUCUUUUUCAGGAUUGCUUUGGCUAUUCGAGUUCUUUUGUGGUUGCAUACAAAUUUUAGGAUUGUUUGUUCUAGUUCUUUGAAAAAUAUUGUUGCUAUUUUGAUAGGGAUUGCAUUAAAUCUGUAGACUGGUUUGGGUAGUACAGACUUUUUAACAAUAUUUGUUCAUCCAGUUCAUGAGCAUGGAAUGUCUUUCCAUUUCUUCGUGUAAUAUUCAGUUUCUUUCAUCAGUGUUUUAUAGUUUAGAAUACAUAUCUUUUACCUCUUUGAUUAGGUUUAUUCUUGGGUAUUUUAUUACUUCGGGUAUAAUUGUAAGUGGGAUUGUUUUCUUAAUUUCUCUUUCUGCUGCUUCGUAAUUAGUGCAUAGAAAUGCAGUGGAUUUCUGUACAUUGAUUUUGUAUUCUGUGACCUUAGUGAAUUCAUUGGUAGUUCUAGUAGUUUCUUGGAGUUUUUAGGGGUUUAUAUAUAUAACUAUCAUGUAAUCUGCAAAUAGUGAAAAUUUUACUUCUUCCUUACCAAUUUGGAUGCCUUUUAUUCCUUUUUCUUGUCUGAUUGCAGUGGCUAAGACUUCCAGUACGAUGUUGAAUAAAAGUUGUGAGAGUGGACAUCCUUACCUAGUUCCUGACCUUAGGGAAAAAGCUUUCAGUUUUUCCCUAUUGAGCAUGCUGUUAACUGUGGGUUUUUCAUAUAUGGCCUUUAUAAUGUUGUGGUAUUUUCCCUCUAUACCUAUGUUGUUGAGGGGUUUUAUCAUGAGUGAAUGUUGUACUUUGUCAAAUGUUUUUUCUGUGCUUAUUCAAUGAUCAUGUUUUUUAUCCUUUCUCUUAUUGAUAUGACAUAUCAUGAUAGAUUUGCAAAUAUUGAACCACCCUUGCAACCCAGGAAUGAAUCCCACUUUACCAUGAUGAAUAAUUUCUUUAGUUAGAUUCAGUUUGCUUGUAUUUUGUUGAGGACUACUUUUGCAUCUCUAUUCAUCAGAACUACUGGCCUAUAGUUUUCUUUUUAUAUAGUGUCUUUGUCAGGUUUUGGUAUCAGGGUGAAGCUGGCCUCAUACAAUGAAUUUAGAAGCAUUCCUUCCUCUUCUACUUUUUCUUUUUUUUUUUUUUUUAACUUUUAUUUAUUUAUUUUUAAAGAUUUUAUUUAUUUAUUUGAGAGAGAGACCACAAGUAGGCAGAGAGGCAGACAGAGAGAGAGGAAGGGAAGCAGACCCCCUGCUGAGCAGAGAGCCCGAUGCAGGACUCAAUCCCAGGACCCCGAAAUCAUGACCCGAGCCAAAGGCAGCAGCCUAACCCACUGAGCCACCCAGGUGCCUUUUUUUUUUUUUUUUUUUUAAGAUUUUAUUUACUUCUUUGACAGAGGAAGAAAACAAGCCAGGGGAGCAGAAGAGGGAGAAGCAGGCUUCCCACUGAGGAGGGAGCCCAGUGUGGGGCUUAAUCCAGGACUCUGGGAUCAUGACCUGAGCCAAAGGCAGACACUUAACUGACUGAGCCACCCAGGCACCUCUAUUUUUUGGAAUACUUUGAAAGAAUAGGAAUUAAUUUCUUUUGAAAUGUUUGGUAGAAUUCACCUGAAAAGCAUCCAGUCCUGGACUUUUGUUUGUUGACAGUUUUUUGAUUACUGAUUCAAUUUCAUUGCUGGUAAUAAGUCUGUUCAAAUUUUCUACUUCUCUCUGAUUCAGUUGUGUCUCCAGGAAUUUACCCAUAUCUUCUGGAUUGUCCAAUUUGUUGGUAUAUAAUUUUUCAUAAUAUUCUUUGAUAAUUUUUUGUAUUUUUGUGGUGUUGGUUACUUUCCCUUUUUCAUUUCCAAUUUUAUUUAAGUCCUCUUUUUUUUUUUUUAAUGAGUCUAGCUAAAGAUUUAUCAAUUUUGUUGACCUUUUCAAAGAACCAGCUCCUAGUUUUAUUGAUCUAUAUAUUUUUAAAAUUUUUAUUUAUUUACUUGACAGAGAGGGAAAUAUCGCAAGUAGGUGGGAGGGGAACCGGCCCUCUGCCGAGCAGAGAGCCCCACGCAGGGCUCGAUCCCAGGACCCUGAGAUCAUGAUCUGAGCUGAAGGCAGAGGCUUAACUCACUGAGCCACCCAGGCACCCCUAUCUAUCCUUUUUUAAAUUUAAUUUUUACUAUUUCAUUUAUUUCUGCUCUGAUCUUUAUUAUUUCCUUCUUUCCUUCUAUUGGUUUGGGGGUUUGUUCUUCUUUUUCUAGCUCUAGCUUUAGGUAUAAGGUUUGAGAUUUUUCAUGCUUCUUGAAGUAGGCCUGUACUGCUAGAAAUCUCCUUAGAAUUGCUUUUGUUGCAUCCCAACAAUUUUGGACCAUUGUGAGUUUUUUUGUUUUUGUUUUUGUUUUUGUUUUUUUAGAAUAUUUUAUUUAUUUAUUUGUGGGAAAGAGGGAGCACAAGCAGAGGGAGCAGCAGGCAGAGGGAGAAGUAGGUUCCCAAGUGAGCAAGGAGCCCAGUGCACAGGGCUCGAUCCCAGGACUCUGAGAUCAUGGCCUGAGUAUGCUUAACUGGCUGAGCCACUUAGGUAUCCCUGGACCAUUGUGUGUCUUAAUUUUCAUGUCUCUAUGUAUUUUUUGAUAUCCUUUUUGAUUUCUUGGUUGAUCCAUUCAUUGUUUAGUAGCACGUUAUUUAAUCUCCAUAUAUUUGUGAUCUUUCCAGAUUUUUUUCUUAUGGUUGAUUUCUAGUUGCAUAAUAUUGUGGUUAAAAAGAUGCAUGGGGGGUACCUGGGUGGCUCAGUGGGUUGGGCCUUCACCUUCAGCUUGGGUCAUGAUCUCCGGGUCCUAGGAUCAGGCCCUGCAUCUGGCUCCCUGCUCAGCAGUGAGCCUGCUUCCCCCUCUCUCUGCCUGCCUCUCUGCCCACUUGUGAUCUCUCUCUCUGUCAAAUAAAUAAAUAAAAUCUUAAAAAAAAAAAAAAAAGAUGCAUGGUGGGACUUAGAUACUUUUGAUUUGUUGAGGCUUGUUUUGUGGCCUAAUAUGUAAUGUAUUCUGGAGAAUGUUCCAUGUGCACUUGAAAAGAAUGUGUAUUCUGCUGUUUUAGGAUGGAAUGUUCUGAAUAUAUCUGUUAAAUCCAUCUGGUCCAAUGUGUCAUUCAACGCCACUGUUUCCAUAUUGACUUUCUGUUUAGAUGAUCUGUCCAUUGGUGUAAGUGAGGGCUAACGUCCCCUUCUGUUACUGUAUUACUAUUGAUGACUUCCUUUAUGUUUGUUAUUAACUGCUUUUAUGUAUUUGGGUGCUCCCAUAUUGGGUGCAUAAAUACCUACAAUUGUUUUCUCUUCUUGUUGGACUGUUUCAUUUAUGAUUAUAUAGUGUCCUCCAUUUUCUGUCACAUCCUAUAUCCAGUUCAUCAGCAGAGCUCAUUGUUAUUCCUUCAGAAUCUAUCCAGAAUCUGACCAGUUUUCUCUGCUUCCACGACUAACACUUUGGAAUAACCUACUGUCAUCUCUCACAUCUCUUUCUGUUUCCAUCUACAGCUUUUCUACCUUCACUAUUCUCUCAACACAGUAGAGAUCCUCUUUUUUUUUUUUUUUUAAAGACUUUAUUUAUUUUAUUUGACAGAGAUUACAAGUAGGCAGAGAGGCAGGCAGAGAGAGAGAGAGACGGGGAAGCAGGCUUCCUGCUGAGCAGAGAGCCCGAUGCAGGGCUCGAUCCCAGGACCCUGGGAUCAUGACCUGAGCUGAAGGCAGAGGCUUUAACCCACAGAGCCAGCCAGGCGCCCCAGUAUAGAUCCUCUUAAUGCAUAAAUCUCAUGUCAUUCCUCUGCCCCAAACCCCCCAUUGGCUCUUGACUCAGAAUAAAAGCCCAAAUCCUUACAGUGGCCUCCACAGUCUCUGUGAUGUGACUCCUAUCCUCCUCUAACCUUACCCCUUACGAUUCUAGCUCCAGGCUUCUUGAACCCAUCACAUUUCUGCCUCAGGACCUUUGCACUUGCUGGUUCUUUUCCUUCAGGUAGAUGCGUGUUGUCUCUGCUCUUCAGAGAAGGCUUCCCUGAGCACCCUACCUAGUUCUCACUACCCUCUGUUCUCCUAUGCUGCCUCAUUGUUCUCAUGGCACUGAUCACCACUUAACAUAUUUCUAUUUGUCUACGUACUUAGCAUUUCUCCUUCCCUACUCCAUGAGAACAAGGACUUGUUUUGUUCAUUGCUCUAUCUUCAGUGCCUAGAGAAGGACAUGGCACAUAGUAGGCAUUUCAUAAAUUCUUGUUGAAUGGAGGGAUAGAUGAACAAAUUACUUUAUCUCCUACACUAGUUAAGGGUAGAUGCCCCCACUUUGCAUCUACCCUUAAGGUAGAUGCAUCUACCUUUGUUCCCCAGUGUGAACUUAUAAGCAGUGACAACAUACGUGAUUGAAACAAUUUGUAUUAUGUAGAAACUCAUUUAGCCAAGCACAGUGGAAUAGGUACUAGAAACGCUGGAAUUCAAGAGAGCAGAGUUCCCAACCAGCCUGUCAUUCGGGAGCUUUGUGUUCUGGGAAGAACUGUCAUGUGGGCCUCUCAGUUUUCUCAUCUGUAAAAGCAAGUGCUGUAAAGCUUACAAGGACUAGAUUUUGAAAUCUCUGUCAGACUCUUGUCACAGACUUGACUGUCUGUGGUUGUAAAUUUGGGGUAAUUGGAUAUUCAUUUGACAGAUGUUUCUUGUGCUAGUUUCCAGGAACUAGUUGAAAAAGAAAAAGAAAAAAAUAUAUCUUUUUUUUUUUUUUUUAAAGAUUUUAUUUAUUUGACGGAGAGGAAGAGAGGGAGCACAAGUAGGGGAGUGGGAGAAGGAGAAGCAGGCUUCCCACUGAGCAGGGAGCCCGAUGUGGGACUCCAUCCCAGGACCCUGGGAUCAUGACCUGAGCCAAAGGCAGCUGCUUAACAACUGAACCACCCAGGUGCCCCCACCCCCCACAAAAAGAGAUCUUAAUGUCAAGAGCUCAUAGACUUAAGGAACAAAGUAAAAUAGGAUCAACUCAGUGCCAGUAAGUGCUGAGUGUUAGAGGCAGAAGCUGACCCUGGGGUCAAGGCUGGAAAGGGCAUUUUAAGCCAAACCCAGGGGCAUACAAAGGCAGGAGGCGGGAAAAUGGCAUUUUAAGCCAAACCCAGGGGGCAUACAAAGGCAGGAGGCGGGAAAACGAAUUUUUUGGGCCAGAUGGCUUUUGUAUGGGGAGAUGUAUGCCUUGCAUCCCACAAAGCUGAGGUCUGUUUCAGCCAGGAGAACAUUCACUACUGGAAAACAGCCAGAGGGGGCAUGCCCACAGCCCAAGUUGUCCAAGUUUAGGAAAUGACUGAGCUUGUUUCCUGUAAGAUCUGACUUCUUCCUCAUCCAUCUGCGGUGUCCCCGAGGCCACCUCACACCGUCUCCACCUGGCCAGCUGAGGACAAGCCCAAGGCUGGACACAGAGGCAAACCAGUCUUUGGUACUUGGUGGGUUUCAGGAGAAAGGGCAAGGUCUAACCUCAGGUCAGGCGCCCGGAAUGGGGCAGAGCCCUUGCCCUGGGCAUGACCCGACCUUCUCUAGUGGUCGAAAUGGCCUAGUUACCAAGCUUGCUGCGGGGGCGAGGUUGGGACUGGCCCCUCGCUCAUUGGUCGGCAGAGAAGUGCCACCGAGAACCCUUGUUAUCAGAGGCUAGAAAGAGAGCCCAUUGGUCAGGACACAUCAUAAUGGCCCCCCGCAGCACGCAGGGUUCUUCUGAUUGGUUCAUUGUCUGCCUCGGGAGACACCUGUUGCCUAGAUCCCAGGCAGGCUACUUGGUGCCCUGAAACCGAGUGCUUCCAAGCCCAGUCUUGUUCCCCAUUGGCUGCUGUGGGGGCCGCCGCCAUCUAAUGACGAGGGAGGCGCCGAGUCCCGGAGCGCGCGCGCCCCCUGCGGCGGGAUCUAGGGCCGCGGGGACUGCAGGUGCGUAAGCUGAGUGCAAGGCCUAGGAGCCCGGCACCCCUGCAGAGGACUCCGUUCUCUCGGGACCUGGCCUAGGGCCCAGCCCCGGCCUGCGCUUGGGAAGCUCUGCCUCUCCAACCUGGAACCCGACCCGGAAGGCCUCAGUAAGUUCGAAGCAGCCACGCGGCGUGGGAACCCACUCGCGGCAGCAGAGAGGGGCCUCCCGACUGCUGUGUGUGCGGUCCACGCCUCCGUUUACUUCUUGCCCUAAUUGUUGACCUACACCUGAGUGUUUAUCCGCUCCUUUACCGGGCGUUUUGGGGCUGCCCUGGCGGCUGCCUCUCCAAGCCCUUUGCCCCGACGGCGGUGUUUGGAAGCCCAGUGCCACAAAGAAUUCGGAUUGAGACCCCAGCGGAGGAGUGGUGGGGACAAGGGUGAAAGCCCGGUGGGACAAUGUUCUACUAUCCCAACGUGCUUCAGCGCCACACUGGCUGCUUCGCCACCAUCUGGCUGGCAGCGACUCGUGGCAGCCGGUUGGUGAAGCGCGAGUACCUGAAGGUGAACGUGGUAAAGACCUGUGAGGAGAUCCUCAAUUACGUGCUGGUACGAGUUCAGCCCCCGCUGCCCGGCUUGCCCCGGCCGCGCUUCUCCCUCUAUCUGUCAGCCCAGCUGCAGAUCGGCGUGAUCCGGGUCUAUUCUCAGCAAUGCCAGUACCUCGUAGAGGACAUCCAGCACAUCCUGGAGCGCCUACACCGUGCGCAGCUGCAGAUUCGCAUGGAUAUGGUGGAGACUGAGCUACCCAGCCUACUGCUUCCUAACCGCCUGGCCAUGAUGGAGACCCUGGAAUGUGCUCCAGACCCCUUUUUCGGGGUGAUGUCUGUGGAUCCCACACUUCCCAGCCCCUUCAGUAUCCCUCAGAUUCGACAGCUCCUAGAAGCUGCAACCCCAGAGAGGGAGCUUGAGGAGGCCCCGCCUGAAGUCCCCGUGGAGCCUAGGAAGCCUGACAGGAUCUUGGUCACCUUGGUGUCUCCAGAGGCCAUCACCCUCCAGGAGGCAGAGCCCAUCCGCAUGCUGCAGAUCGAGGGUGAACAGGAUCUCCCAGAGGUCAGCCGCCGAGACCUGGACCUGCUGAUUGCUGAGGAAGAUGAAGCCAUCCUGUUAGAGGAACGGCGAGGCAGGCCUCCCAGGGAGCGAAGGGCACAUCCGGCUCCAGAGGAGUACAAGGAGGAGCCCCGGGCCCUGGAGGGGGAAAUGGCAGUACCCUCGCUCUCACCUCCAGCUCUCCCACGAGUGGAAGAGGCAGCAGAGCCACUUCCAGUCCCGGCUCCUGAGGAGGUGAAGCCAGUAGGCUGGGAGCCUGAGGCUCUACUUACUGAGGUGACCCCACCACCAGAGCUGCGUCUGCCAGCCCCACUCAGCCCAGAGAGGCGGCAGCCUCCAGUGCCCCCACACCCUCGGAGUCCGCCUGCUCGCCGCCGCCGCCGCCAGCUACUGUUCUGGGACAAGGAGACUCAGAUCUCCCGGGAGAAAUUCCAGGAACAACUGCAAACCAAAGCCCACUGCUGGGAGUGUCCAAAGGUGCAGCCUCCCGAGAGGACUAUCAGGAGUCCCACGGAGCUAUUCCGAACCCCAACUCAUGCUGGCUGGCUCCCCCCAGAACUGCUGGCUCUCUGGACCCACUGUGCCCAGCCACCCCCAGAAGCACUCAGGAGAAGGCCACCCCCGGAGCCUGAGGAGGAGGUGGCAGCUGAGGAGGAAAGGAGGAUGGAAACUCUGAGUGAUAUUGAGGUCCCAAGGGAGGCCCAGGAGCCCAGUGGGCCCCUCAUGCUAUCUUCAGAGCUCUCUCUAGAAGUGGUGGAGGAAGAGAAGUCCCGCACCAGUCUCAUCCCCCCAGAAGAACGCUGGGCCUGGGCUGAGGCAGAGCAGCCCGAGCCCCCUGCACUGCCUGUGGUGCCUGAGGUCCCGGAAGUGGCCCUGGAGCUGCCUUCAGUGCUGCCCCUGGAGCCUGAGCUGCUGUCGCUGGAGGCCCUGUACAGGGCUGUGGCCCAGGAGCUGAAGGCCAAUAGGGAGCCCGAUUUCGACAGCCUGGUGCCCCCACUCAGCCCCCGCUGGAUGGCUGCCCGGGUAUUCUACCUGCUCCUGGUGCUGGCGGCACAGCAGAUCCUCCGCCUGGAACAAGAGAAGCCAUACGGGCGCUUCCUCAUCCAGCUGGGGCCCCGCUUCCACUGCGCUUAGAACUGACAAAGCUGCCAGGAAACUGGCCACAUUAAACCCGUCUUGCCUGCCUUGA